CUAGAGUCUAGGACUAGGCGACACAGGCUGGUCACUUCGCACGGGCAUUGUCGCCAGCGUCUAUUGCAAUGGCGCCUUUUAAUUGGAUGAUAUUGAUACAGGAUUUCCAGGCGGACUUCAUUUGACUCUUCGAAAAAGCUGAUUGAGAAAGCUGAUGAGCACUGAGUGCACAUUGUCUCGGCUCAGGGUUCAAGAUGGAGGUCUAGAAUGGAGUGCAUUGCAUUAUCAAGGGUGGCGACAUGGGGGAAGCAUAAAUUAAAGGUGGUCUCCCUUGGCAUUUCAAUCAAAAAGCGUUCUUCAGGUGCUUCUGGGUCCCAAACCCCUGACCAAAAUGACUGCUUCUCAGCUGCUAGCUGAGAGCUUGGGCCGCUACUGGACUGCUUUGAGCCCCCAUUCAUUGCAGCGUUCCCCAUACCUCUCCUUCGCUGAGCUGUCAGCAUGGGGGAUCAUCAGCAUUCUGUCCCUUCUCCUUGUAGCUGCCUUGAUUGUGCGAGCAUACGUGCAGUUUGUCUACAGGCCACUGAGGUUGAUAAGGCAUUUCAAAAAGCAGGGCAUGAAGGGGCCCCCGUUCAAGCUCCUUGUUGGACAGAUGAGCGUGCUCAAAGACAGUGAGAAAGUAGUGGAGAAUGGCGGGAAGAACAUGCAGUACAUGAUGGACUGGAAGAAGGAGUACGGCAGCAUAUUCUACUACUGCAUUGGCCCCAAAGUCCGGUUAGCAAUCUUGGACCCAGCGUUACUGCACCAGGUUCUCCACACGACAACAGGGAACGGCGGCCACUACCGCAAGAACGACUAUGGAGCUGAAGUCUUUGAACCAGUCUUGGGAAAGCACGGGCUGGUUUUCGCCUCCAAUGCCAUCUGGUCCCGCCAACGAAAGCUGGUUAACCCCAUGUUCUCACACAGCAAGCUCAAGGACAUGGAACCUUUCAUCGUGAGCAGCACUGAGGAAAUGGUCCGCCGCUGGGAGGCGAAGAUCGACGGCGCCGGGGGGCGGGCUGAGAUCGAAGUGAACCAGGAACUGUCAACCGUGGCUCGUGACGUCAUUUGCCGGGCGGUAUUUGGACAAGAGGACGGAGCGGAAUCCGCUUAUUCCGGUCAAGACAUCUACCACGACUUCGAGAACCUGCUCAAGGACAUUGCGGCGCGCUCGUUCGGGCCCCAAGCGAUGUUCAUUCCCUUCUACAAGUAUCUGCCCAUCCCCAUCAACGUCCGCAUUGCGCGCACCCGCGCCCGCGUCCGUGCGAUGAUCCUCUCGCUGAUCAACAACCGCCGCGCCAAGGCGGCCGUCGCCGCGAAAGCUAACGGCGGGCCGCCGGAUUUUGGAGACGAUCUCCUGGGGUCGCUGUUGGCGGCUUCCGACGAGCAAGGGUCGCUCUCCAGCGAGGAGCUGAUCGACCAGUGCAAGACGUUUUUCUUCGCGGGCCACGAGACGUCUGGCCACGCGCUGACGUGGACGCUGCUGCUGCUGGGCCAGCACCCCGAGUGGCAGGAGCGCGCGCGCGCGGAGGUGCGCGAGCACUGCGGAAGCGCGCCGCCCAACAAGGACAGCGCCAACAAGCUCAAAGUGGUCACAAUGGUCCUCCGCGAGACGAUGCGCCUCUUCCCCCCGGUCCCCUUCACCACGCGCCAGGUGUCAAAACCUCAGCAGCUGGGGCCAUACGCUAUCCCCCAGGACGACAACCUCGUGAUUGCGGUGCCCAUUUACCCCCUCCACCGCGACCCCGCCACGUGGGGCGCCGACGCUGACGUGUUCAACCCCGAGCGCUUCGAGAACGGCCCCGCGGGCGCGGCGACGGACGCGCGCGCGUAUAUCCCGUUCGCUUCCGGCCCGCGGAACUGCGUCGGGCAGCAGCUCGCGAUGCUGGAGACGAAGAUGGUGCUCGCCAUGGUGCUGCAGCGGUUCCGGUUUUCGGUCGCGCCAGGGUACCGGCACUGGCCGCACAACACGAUCACGCUGCGGCCGAAGCUGGGGCUGCCGCUCUUGGUCGAGAAAGUUGAGUAAGUAACACAAGGAGUCAAACUCAUUUGACGAACGGGCGGUUUGAUGGAGCAAAUCAAUUUGGUACGCUACAUUUUCUAGAUUGUGUGACGGGUUACUGCGGUAAAUUUUUGUCCUUACUGAGCACGUCAAAAUAGACACGGUUGAAUGGGUAGAGGCUGGUGGCUCCGUUUGGGUUUUUAAACACCCUGUGUAUUUUAUAUAGGUAGUAUAUGACCAGAUACUGCUAGACUCAAGCCCUAUCAUAUACAUAAUUAUUGGACCCAUGCUUUCCGGGCCAAGUUACCAUCGUCCUUUUCUAUACAUUUGGCACUUACUUUUCGCUUGAAUUCAAGUAACCACUUCUUAUAUCUUAUCGACAGUUGGAUUCAGCUUUGAAAGCGGGCCCACAAUAAUCAAGUUUGGUGCCAUCGAGAAUGAAGUUUUAGCUCAACUCUAACACUUGAAAUGAUGCGUCUGCAAAAUACGUGCAUGCAAGAUACAGACGGUUGUUCCAUUG